AUGGCAAGGUUCAUCACAUCGCGAGCGCGUCACCAAGCGCGUGCGAUCCCCGCCGGCUCCAUCUUCUCCACACCUCCUGGACGUCACCAGUCCUCCAGCAGUAAGCUUCCCGUCGAUCCUUCGGUCGGUCUUUGCACGAGAAAAGCUUCUCAGCUGCCGGCAGAGAGAUCGUUCAAGAGUCGUCAAGCGGUGUCUUGGGUUACUGGCAAUAUGAGCGACGUUCAACAUCCGGCACCAAGUCCGGAUAGCGAGGGCAAGAUGACAGACGUCGAGAAGGCACCUUUUGACGCCGAACGACAUGACAAUGUUCCUGAUGUUGCGGCUAAGGAAAGAGCGGAAGCGUUCAUCACUCCAACGCCGAAGGAGGAGAGAGAUGUGAUCCGGAAGCUGGACUGGCGGCUCAUGCCAAUUGUGUUCAUUCUCUACAUGCUUUCGGUACUGGAUCGUAGCAAUCUGGGAAAUGCGAGAUUGGCUGGUCUGGAAGAUGACAUCGAUCUCUCAGGCUUCAGAUACAACUGGCUUGGAACGCUAUUCUACAUUGCCUACAUCUUCUCACAAUGGCUAUUGAUGGGUUGGAAGCAGUUCCCACCGUACGCCACCCCCACAAAGCUCCCAUAUAAGUGA